CGUACGCACUACUUCUCUCAUGAACACGGAUAUUCAUGAUUUCAAUGACCAUUGUAGGUUUUAGGGAACAACAUGUGUGCACAACACACAUGCAUUUGGAAUGCAGGCACACAGACUUUGCUAAACAGGAAAACUCUUUCAAAAAUGUAAUACAAGUGCGAGCAUGCUUCAUGAGCGUACCGUGGGCAGUCUUAAUGCUAGUCCGUUCCCGCAGUUGCACGAACCCUGGGCUGUAGUCGUCUACCAAUACACUGUCUGAAGACCCUUGUGCAACAUUGCAGAUCGCCCAAGGCCUGGAGCGCCACAUGUGACGUCACACCAAGACGACGAACAAAUUGGGUUCGUCAUAUCCGAAAACAUAUUUGUGUUUCUCACCGACAAAGAUAUUAAGUACUUCCGGGUAGGAUCUUUGCAUUCGGGUACUUUCCCAUGCAACACCUACAGGUAGACAGAACCUUAAGAGAAACAUGGAGGGGAAAUACGUCAUAGCUAUAGCGGUAUGUGUGGCCGUAGUUGUCAUCACCAUCAUCGUCGUCCUUGUCGUCGUGGCGGUGGUCAUCAGACGUCGGAGGGGGGGUGUUCGUAGACGAGAGAAACAAACACGACCACAAAGCUCAACACGACCACAAAGCUCAGUUUCUGUUGAGCGCAUCCAGCAAGUUAAAGCUGCCAAAAAUUAUCGAAUCAGUCGAGAUGACAUCGUGGAGAGAUCAGGGAAAGACGACCUGGAUCUGAGUGGCGUGACCGUGAGUCCUACAGGGCAAGCAGUUACAGCUAUGUGUCCCCCGACUCCGCCCGUGGGUGCAGUUCCUCCCCCGCACCUCCCGCCCAUAUAACGCUAGGACAAGCUCCCCGCCAGCAUCUACAGCGCUGCAUCUGCUCCAUCAACCUGACAAGCAACUACCACACGUCAGAUGCUACUACCGGUAUUCCAAGACCUUCAUUGUACUUGCGCUGUAAUGUGUAUCACGUGACAACUGUACAGACGGAAUAGCUCAUAGUGCAUGUGUACAGAUUGUAUCACAUGAUGUUAUGGAUAUGAGUGAAUGGGGACAACGGAGUCUGACGUCAUCAACUCGUCGGGAAUAUUAACCAAUCAACGUUUGAUAUGAGAGUGAAAGGACCUGGAGGUCAAUGAGACGUUGAUGACAGCUGGUCCCUAUUGAGACAUAUUGACCUAAUAAACAUGUUGUAUUUGUAUGUAUAAACAACAAAGCCAGACUCCGGGGACUGCGCCUGCCACUUGUAGAACUAGUUGUGUGAUGUGCAGUCACCUGAAACUUCAACAGCUGGGAUGUCAUAGGAUUUCACAGUUGUGUUAUUGUGUUUACGGCGGGGACUACAGGAGAGUUUCUGUCCAGGACCUGGAUUUUCGAAGCUCUCUUAGCGCUAAGAUAGUCAUAAGUUAAUGUUAAUCUAUGGCACUUACGACUUUGUUAACAAUAACACUAAGAGAGCUUCGACUGUCUAGGCCCGGGUUGACAGUACAGAUGUACAUAUACGUGAAACCCAUAUUGAUUAAACAGAUCCGCACUGUUUAUGUUCAGUAACAAUUGGUAAUGUAAUGCAUGUAGAAGGCUUGUUUGUUGGUUAAUGUCGCACUCAGCAAUUAGUUAACUAAAUCUGGAUUACAAAAUCCUCAAGUAGUUUGACUAAAUCACUGAAGCGUUGUGCCGGAAGCUAAUGAAGCAUGUAGUUCAGCUAAUGGCCCCGGUAUCAUGUAUGGCUCAGUGUAAGGAAAGUAUUAGAGUUGUUCUCAUGUUGUAACAUCACCAUGUGAUGAUGGUUUGAACCAUUUUUCUAUUAUUUUAAUGUAUGUAUUUCGUGUCUCAGAAGUGAGAGUAUGAAAAUGAAAUCUGUAUCGUGAUGCAGA